AUGCCUCCCCUCUCCACCUCUGCCGCCUCCACCCUCGUCCGGGCCUGCACCCGCCAGCAGCUCUCCUCCGCCCGAACAACCGCAGCCGCACUCACCUCCUCCGCCCAGCAACAACGCCGAGGACGAGCCUCCUCUGCCUCCACGUCGACAACUUCCUCCUUCGAUAGCCCCUUCGGCCAGUCCAAGGAGAGCGCGUCGACCCUCAAGAUCCCCAGCUUCAAGAAAUAUGCCAGCAAGUCCGGCGAGUCGUCGAAUAAGGUGUUUUCGUACUUCAUGGCUGGAAGUAUGGGGUUGGUGACUGCCGUCGGUGCCAAGGCGACUGUGCACGAUUUCCUCGUCAACAUGUCUGCUUCCGCCGACGUUCUCGCCCAGGCCAAGGUUGAAAUUGCGCUCAAUGCGAUCCCAGAAGGCAAAAAUGUCAUCAUCAAAUGGCGAGGCAAACCCGUCUUCAUCCGCCACCGCACCGCUGACGAGAUCCAAGAAGCUGAGAACAUGAAAUGGGAAGAUCUCCGGGAUCCUCAGGCCGAUGCGGACCGUGUACAGAAACCCGAGUGGCUUGUUAUGCUUGGCGUCUGCACCCAUCUCGGCUGCGUCCCCAUCGGCGAAGCCGGUGAGUAUGGAGGAUGGUUCUGCCCAUGCCACGGCUCCCACUAUGAUAUCUCCGGCCGUAUCAGAAAGGGUCCCGCCCCCCUCAACCUCGAGGUCCCGCCAUACACCUUCCCCACCGACGAUAGUCUGGUGAUCGGUUAG